CUCAAGUGCUCAACAAAACAAAUGUCCGAUCUUGCGCCCAUUUCGUAAGUUCCUCGAACGAUAGUUUAGUUAGAUUUAAACCCUCAAUAAAUUUUAACAUUGUUGGGAAAAAGUGUAGUGUUAUUAGUUUCGAUCAAAAGCAAUAAGGGUAACGAAACAAACGAAUCCUUCAUAACAAAGUGUUUUAUAUUUAACGUCUACGUCUACGAGAGGAAUCAAGUUUCAUUAUAAAUAAUAGUGUUUGCAUAAGAGCUACAGAAAGCAAAGGACCUGCUGAAUGAUAGCGCAAGAGAGGAUAUUUUCCGAAACCGACGUAGACUGAUGGACUCGCAAGAUGGCAGUGAACCUAUCUUCACCUUUCACUUCAUAGCAACUGAUUGAUAGUGAAUCUCGAUGUGUUAUCCGUUAGUUGUCAGUCGCAGCGCGGAUGCUGACUCUGAUUUUGUGCGAUGGUGAUAAAGUGCAAGAAAUACAAGCAACAAACAAUGAAUACUAACACCAUCAAGAACAUGGACUACAACUGGUCCCCAGGGCCUGAGCCCCCCAACAGCCAGGAGGCGGGGGUCGCCAGGGCUGUCUUCAGUCCACACGCGAAUUCCUUGCCAUUUGAGGAGCGGCGUGUCACAUUAGAGCAGCCAGUUAAGAUUGGAAGGAAUGUGUACCGAGCGACUCCCACCCCCACCAACACUAUCUUCGAGUGCAGAGUGCUGUCGCGGCACCACGCCACCCUCUACUAUGAUAAAGGACACUUCUAUCUUGUGGACCAUCAGAGCAGCAACGGAACGUUCAUAAACAACAACCGGUGUUCGAUAUCGAAAGACCAGGAGCCGCAUGAGGUGUUCUCCGGCGAUAUAGUCCAGUUUGGCAUAUCGGUCGUGGAGAAUGCUGCCGAAAAGGUAGAAAACACAUUUCCGCCGGUGGUGGCGCUUCUCAAGCUGUUCCACCCGGACGGCAAGGAGGCCAAGCUGUCGUUCAACCCCACCAUGACCACGCCGCUGCACCUCAAGGAGCUGUAUCAGCUUAACAACUUUGUGCAGGAAGCGAUCCAGCGCGAGGCGUCGCUAGAAACCCGCGUGCGCUCUCUCCGCGAGUGCGUGGAGCGCACGCGCGCCGAGGCCGCCGCCGCCUGGCAGCUGUUCGUGGGAGAGCAACGCCUGCUGAUGCGGGUGCACACGCUCGAGUCCGUGCUGGCGGCGGGGAAGCAGCCCGAGGCGCAGUUAGUAGGGCAGCUGCUGGACGACAAGCGCAACUACCAGGAAGUGGCGCAAGAGAGCCUGCGAGCGGCGCACGAGCAGCGGCUGUCGCUGGAGGAGUCGCUGGAGCGCCGCAGCCGCGAGGCCGCCGCGCUGCACCAGCACAACUGCGCGCUGCGCGCCGCCGCCAACAGCGCGCUGGCCGAGCUGCAGAAGCUGGCAGCGCGGUGCGAGCGCAAGAUGUGCGCGGCGCGGAUCGCCAUCGCGGCCGCCGAGGAGCGCGAGGCCAAAGUCAGGGACCAACUGCCGCUCGCUUAUUCAGUACAAAACGGCGAGGCGAAGAUGCUUGUUUUGAGCUCGGACAGCGGGCGCGCGCCGUCGCCGCGCCGCGCCUCGCUCGAGGACGCCGUGCGCGCGCUGCCCGACUACGUCAAGCUACUACUGCCGCAGAAUGUGCUCAACAAGGUCGGAAUUAAAGCAGUAGCAGCCGAUGGAAAAUCAGCGAAAGAAUUCGAAUUAAUAUUGAAGAAAAAUAAUAUUUACGAUGCCGAAUGUCGAGAAAAAGAAAAAGAAGAGGAAAGUGGAGUAGAGGGAGGAAGCGGAGAGGAAAUAACGACGGACAUCUGUACCGACGACGAGAAGCAAUCGAGACUCAACCACGACACGACGGAGGUGGAGAGCGCGGGCGAGCUGGACGGCGAGCUGCACGACAACAACGCCAACUCCACAUACAGCGAGCACUCGCGGGAGGACUCUCCGAGCAAAGCCGGCGUGGAGUACGCGAACAUCCUGCGCGUGAUGGCCGGCCUCAACGAGGAGAUCCGCGCUCUCCGCGAGCGAGUGGCGUCCGCGGCGCAGGAGAACGAGGCUCUGCGCGGCGUGCGCGACGAGCUGCUGGCGGCGCGGGAGGACGCGCCCGAGCACGACGCCGCCGCGCACCGGCAGCGCGUCGCCGACCUGCAGGCGCAGCUGACGCGCACGACGGUGGCCGAGGAGGCGAACCUGGCGGAGAUCCAGCGGCUGACGGCGAGCGCGGCCGAGCUGCAGGCGCAGCUGGCGCUCCGCCCCUCGCGCGCCGACGUGGACGAGCUGGCGGCCGCCGCGGCGCGCCUCGCCGCCGACCUGGCGGAGCGCGACGCCGCCCUGCGCGCGCUGCGCCAGCCGCCCGCCCGGCGCGACCAGGCCACCGAGACCGACCACCCGGCGCCGGCAGACGACCUGGACGCCACCAAGAUAUCCGCUGAUAUAGAUGAGAUGUUCCGUCUCGAUGACGAUGACGAGGACGUGGAUGAGACCAGCUCCUCCGCUACUGAACUUACCUCGCGUCCUGGAGGUGAUGAUAUGAUCGAGCCUGCAGAUAAAAUACCCAACGGAGCCCUUCUAGCGCUGGAGGAGGAGCUGGUCCGCGCCAAGGAGAAGUGGGCGGAGGAGCGGUCGGAGCGCGCGCGGCUGUCGGCGGAGCUGGCCGGGCUGCGGGCGCCGCGCCGCGCGCCGCUGCUGGCGCUGGCCGUGCCGCUGGCCGCCGCCGCGCUGUACUGGGCGCUGCUGCCCUACAUCUCCUGAUUCACCGCCUCGUGGGACCCGCCCGGCUACUCCUAGCGCCUGCCGCCCACGACCUCUACAAUAUUAAACGCACAACGGCGGUUCAACACUUCGACUCUCGCUCGCUUCCUUCUCUGUGUCUUGUGUGUGUGCGCUCAGUUACCUGCCAAAGGUUUCGUAUAUAGUGUUAUAGAUAACCUUUAGAUGAUACGUGUACCUUGUAAUACGUUAGUGAUGGUAAUAUUUGGUUUGGCGCGAUCGCCGGGGUCGCCUGCGGGCGAGGGUCGACGAGAUACAAAUUUUAGUGAUUCGAACGAGCUCGUACGAAAGUGCCAUGACGUAAUGACAACUCGGCGCGACCGAUCUGUUAUCGCCUCCAUUGUAUAUAUCUUUUAGAAUUGUUUCUGUAAAAAUAACGGUAUCGUAUAUUAUUAUAUAAAGUAUAAAUUAAUUGUUGAUAUCUGCCAUAAUACCUAAAUAAUGUAAAUUGUAAAUCUUAAGGCCUAACGACUGUCCUAAGUUAUAUAAAUAUUGUUGUACGAGGUCUAUUGAAAUUUUCGGCGGCGAUGAUGAAUUUGAAUUUGCCAGUUUCCCUUGUUAAAUGUUUUACUCGAUGAUACUUCUCAUAGUGUGUUCAUGGCGGGGUGUUGUGGACGCAGAGCUAACCGUUCGGUGUCAGUUUGCUUGUGGGCUACAUAUCAUUAUAUAGGUUACGUAGGGCAUUUACUGUGUACGACUUUGCCGGUACAGUUCGGAUCGUUUGCAUUUUUCUAGUCUUUAGAAACGACGAGUAGACGGCUGCGCGUGACGUCAACUCGCUAAUUUUAACAUAAAUUUGCUUAUGAAAUAAAAUUGUAAACGUAGAUUUUGGAACACUUAUCGGUUUUUGAAUGCAUUUAAGUAAUUCUGACUCGUUUAUCGUCGUAGUUUUUGACGUUAUUUAGCGGCGAUGCAUUUUACACUUUUGCAGCGUCGCUGUUGGUAGGUUACAGUUUGCAUGCGAGGUCGCCAUUUUGUUUUGUUAUGUCCACGCAGAGUGCAGAUUACGCUUAGUCUGGAGCGAUGACGGCGGGUGCAUGCCAUCGCUUAGCUCUGUGAUGUGAAGGCCAAUAGAUAAUUUUGUAAAAAUCUUGUAUAACUAACAUAAUUAUUAUUAUAUUAUACUUACUUAGAUUUUAAUAUAACUAUACCACGUUAAAGUCCACUCUAUAUUUAUUAUUUGUUGCACUGAUUUUGUUAUGUUCUAUGUUUUAUUUGUGUUUAAACCACCUGAUUGUAAAUAGGAAAUGUAUCUUUUACUCGUUCUUACUUUUUAUUUAGUUCAACGAUUAUCGAGGAUGAAUUUUUAUGUUGUAUUUUGAUGGAUAAAUUUCUUGCAUUCGAAGUGGAUGUACUGAUAAAUUUAUUGGAAAUAAUAUUGAUUUGUUUAAAACA